AUGACUUCGCAUUCUGGUAAUGGCGAAGCUUUAGACGUACCGUCUGAUUUACAAUGUACAUUAACAUCCUCUAUGAACAUAUACUGUUCGAGCAUGAAAAAUGACAACAACUCGGGAAGUACAAGCAGAGUAAGGACGCACUCGGGGUCCACAACUGGUAGAGAGCCCACAUUUAUAUCACCAGGAGCAACUUCUACGUCGGAUGACGUAGGAGAACUUCAGUCUGUAUCUUCCUCAUCAAUGGAGUCUUUGAAUAUGCUUUUGGAAAGACAACACAUUAGACAGUUAAAUCAUCCAUUACAUCAAGAGCAUAUAAAUGAUGCACAGUCGUUUGCUCCAUUGAAGGUCAAAGAAACUAAUAGCAUAUCGUUGAAAUUCGACCCCGUUUUAAAAAGGAAGAUUUUGAAUAAUUAUGAAGUCAUUUCUGAACUGGGAAGUGGUCAACAUGGUAAGGUGAAGCUAGGUAAAGAUAUCGUUACUGAUACUUUAGUAGCAAUUAAAAUAGUUGAUAGACAAGCAAAGAAAGAAAGAAAGAUAUUCAGUUUCAAGAAGCCCUCAAACGUUACGAAUUACAAGAUAAAACGAGAAAUUAAUAUUAUGAAAAGAUGUAACAAUGAGCAUAUUGUGAAAUUACUUGAAGUUUUAGAUGAUUUGAAAUCAAAGAAAAUAUAUUUAAUAUUAGAGUAUUGUUCAAGAGGUGAAGUGAAGUGGUGUCCUGGAGAUGUUAUGGAAACAGAAGCUAGGGGCCCACCUUUAUUAUCGUUCCAACGAGUGAGAAAGAUAUUGAGAGAUGUUACAUUGGGUUUAGAAUAUCUUCAUUCAAGAGGCAUAAUUCAUAGAGAUAUAAAACCUGCAAAUCUCCUGUUGUCAGAAGAUGGAAGCGUCAAGAUAUCAGACUUUGGUGUAUCAGUUAUUUCACAUAAUAAAGAAGAGAAUGGAACCAACUCUAUAGAUGAACUAGAGUUGGCAAAAACUGCAGGAACACCUGCAUUUUUUGCUCCAGAAAUCUGUUUAGGAAGUGAAGCAAAAAGUAAAUUUAAUUUGAAGAAAGAUCCCAGCAAGGACUCAAAGUUGAUCUAUAUGGUUGAUGUAUGGGCUCUUGGGACAACUUUGUACUGUUUACUAUUUGGUAUGUUACCUUUCAUCUCUGAUUAUGAGUUGAAAUUAUUUGAAAAAAUCGUAAAUGACCCUUUAAUAUUUCCUGAUUAUGAAAUAAUGCAGAAAAAUGGAACUUCAAACAUUUUCUCAGAAGAAGAAUACGAGGCAGCAAAAAAUAUUUUAAAGGAACUGUUGACUAAAAAUCCUGCCAAGCGUAUGUCAAUCAAAGAUAUAAAAAUACAUCGGUUCACCUGUUGGGAUUUUGAUAAUAAUUUAGGAUCUGAUUUAUAUUCAAAAGAAAAGGCAAUUGCUGAUAAAUCCUCCUUUUUAAGCGUUCAAGAUGUGCGUUCUGAUAAUACAUCGUCAAUAUCAAGUGACCUGCGUAGCCUUGAUAGCUAUAAUAUUCAGAAACACUCAUCUAAGCAAUCAUUUGGCUCUAGUGCCUCACAAAUGAGAGGUAAUGAAAGUUGGUCACAUACCAAUUCAUCCAGUCCUGGUGAUUGUUCGGAUAACGUUAGACAUGACAGUUCAGGUAGACAUAUUAAUAAUAAUAGAGAUAGCCCAUCACAGUUAGAUGUAAGAAAUUCAGGAAAUUAUUCUAAAAAUGGUUCUGAUGAGAACGAAAAAUCAGAACAACUUUCUGAAAGAGAGAUAUUUGAAAGAGAAUUGAGUAAUUUUGAUAACAGACAAAGCCAUGGUGUUGUCAAUUUACCAAUAAAUUCAUCAUUUGCAUCAUUAGAUAGUUUUUAUAUUGAUAAUUAUGCCAUGUCCAAAAUGGGAAUGGAUUCGAUUUUGUUAAAUGAACAACUACCCAAUUCAUCUGGAGGCUCGAAUAAACCUCCAACAUUUGGAAGUUUAGUACAGUUGCAAAGGAGAAAUGAUGACAGCAGGAAUUCGUCAUCAAGAUUAAAUUUGUUUACGUACGGCCUGUCAUCCACAACAAAUGAUAGAGCUCCAAGAAUUUCUACAUUCGGGGAGCAACAAAAUAGAGGAUUCAGAGGCUCGGGGGUCGGGAUCUCAAAUAUGAAUCAGCAUACGAAACAACGGCAAUAUAGCCGAGGUAUGACUCCUGCUGAAGGAACUUCAGUAAAGAGACCUGGGUCACCUCCUAAUGUUAGACAACCUAUUCAACCCCAAUCUUCAAAUCAUAAAUCGCCUCCAAGUAAUGAACGGAAUAGGAAUGAUUAUAAUAAUAACAAUCAGAAUUCAAAACAUAUCCAUAAACAAAACCGUCAUUCUCCCGCUUUUACAAUAAAGAGAGGUAACUUCUUCAGUAAGUUUAAUGGUCAAGAUGAGAAUUCAAGUUCUUCACCUGAGAUUUCUGAGAGUGAAGAAUCUCAAACGACACAAGCUUGUAGUAUCUCUUCACGCAGUAACACAGAGUCGUUACCUUUUGAAUUUGGACCAGAACAAGUAAACGAAGCCAUUACACCUCUUGGCGAUUUACACAAGGCUCAUAAACAGCACACACAAUAUGAUAGAAAUAAUUCAAAGACACUAAACAGCGACGAUAGUUCUGAUGAAGAAGAUGGGCUAAUGUUAAAUAUGGGAGGCAGUAAGCCAUCGAGAUCUAAAUCUGUAAACCACCCUACUAUUCCUAAUGCUAACCAUAAGAAAUCAUCAUCUGAUACAAAUUAUGAUUUGAGUAAGGUAAUGGUCAUGGGAUCUGAUGAAUCUAGAGUAAGUUCUACUGGAAGUUCACAAGUUGAAAUUUAUAGAUCCAUAACUAACAAUGAAUCAGACAUAGAAGAUAUUCCAUUGGAUGUUUUACAAUCGAUGCAACUAUUCCAAGGAUCAUCUACUGCUGCAGGAGUCAAUACGAAUUAUUCAGCAACGCCAGCAAGCUUGGAUCACAGCCAACGAUCGAAUUCCGGUCUUUCAUUAUUGGCACCGACCCAAAACCAAUUUCUGAACGAGAGUAAUGCAUAUUCACAGCACAACAAUCUACCGAAUGGAGAGUUCUAUUCCAUGUUGAAAUCAUCAUUAGAUCCUGUAUCACGCAAUAAACAGAAGCCUUAA